AUGAUACGCUCGUAUAUACGACUGGUACAGCCAAUGGUAAAGAUCAAUGGUUCCGUGAGGAAACCUCUUGCUCAUAUUCUCAGAAGAAAUAUCCAUCUCAGAUCACUAUCAACUACUCCACAAGUUGAGCCAUCUUCCACUGCCGAUGACAAUUGCAAUUGGAAACAACAACAGGAACGUUUUCUUGAAGAGUACAAGAUCAGACUGCUAUUGGAAAGACCCAUCUACUACUAUGCUGAAAAGCAAUUGCCCAAGUUCUCCAUCGAAAGAUUGUAUGAUCAAUCUCGAAAGCUUACUUCUACCUUCAUUCUCCAGAAUGCAAUUGAAACCGUCGAAUACUUGUUAGCUUACAAUGCCAGACGUCUCAAACAGUUUAGGAACUUGCCGUAUUUGGUAGUGCUCAAUCCGCUGAUCUCCGAAUCCUACAAUACUUAUUUGCAAACGAUGUCUUCGUUGCUCACAGCCUCUCUCAACCCUCCUACCACGCUAGAGGAAAACGAGAAGUUUACCAUGAAAGUGUUGUCGGAGUUCAUAGAUGCCCACGCCGAUACAUUGCCCAGCCUCUCGAAGGGAUUCCAGGAGGUCCUGGACUUGCUCACUUCCAAACAGAUCACGGCAUUCUUGGACGAGCAUCUCAAAGAGAGAAUCAGUAUGCGUUUGAUAGCCCAUCAACACAUCGAGCUUUCCAAGUCUAUAACAGGCAAGAGCGACUACGAAAAAGGCGGAAAGUACAAUGGUGUCAUCAAGGUAUUACAUCUACCUGACGUAAUCAAAAAGAACGCGGACGCUGUCAAUGACAUCUUCUUAUUGAAAUACGACCAAUCCGUUCCAGUCAACAUCGAUACAAAUCUCUACCCAAUCAACUAUUGGAGUCGACUGGAGCCAGACUUGCGAUCGAAGAAUGAGGAAGACUUGCUAUACUUCCCAUACAUCGAAUACCAUUUGGACUAUAUCCUCAGAGAGGUGUUUAAGAACUCGUUCAGAGCCCAUAUCGAGAACCGAAUUGAAGAUCCGGUACAAAUCACAAUCUCUAUCUCAGAGUCUCCUUCCUAUUUGGAAUUGAGAAUAAGAGAUAAAGGUAAGGGUAUUCCCCCAAAAGUAUUGAGACACAUAUUUGACUACUCGUUUUCAACGUUUGAGACUAAUGAAGGCGAAGCCUACAAAACUUUGAAUGUACCCCCAGGAUUGGCUGGAAAUGUUGUGGCUGGAAUGGGGUACGGGUUGCCUUUGCUGAAAAACUACGUAGAAAUCUUUAAUGACACCAUCCCAGACGAAGACGGGAUACUUCCCAACACAAAGGGAAGUUUAACUAUUCAGAGCUACUAUGGCUGGGGUACAGAUGUCUAUCUCAAGACUGUGGGACAAUGA